AUGAAUGUACUAUAUGCAGUUGUUCGGAUACAACAUCAUCCCAGUGUAGAGAUAUUUCUUCGUGGACCGUUAUAUCGUGCUGCCAUGAUCCGAAAUCACAAACCAGUUUUGGAGGCUUCAACUAAAAGCGAACUACCCGCAAAUCCCAUAAAAUACCAUCGCAGUUGCCGAGCUGAGUUCACCAACAAGAGAGAUUUACAGGUCGCUAACGAACCAUCUGAUGAUGCAGCAACUGGAAGUGCACCCAGGAGAAGCUCCAGAGAAAGAAAUGAGGUAAGCUCAACGAUUCUGCCGGAUCAAUGUUUGUUCUGUAAAAAGUCAAAGUGCAAGCCAAAUACCAAAACCCGAGAGAAGCUACACAGUGUCCAGGAUCUGCGCGCCAAUGAGACAGUAAGAACAUGUGCUUCACUUCAUGUGCAACAAAACACUGCUAUGACCGAGGUGGCUCGGCAUGUGAUUGGAAUAUGCGCAAAAGACCUCAUUUCAAGUGAAGCAAAGUACCACGCUUCCUGCUACAAAAACUUUGUAUGAAUAAAUUAUUCCAGCAGCAAUGAAGGUCAAACUCUGAAUAAAACAGAUAACCCAUUAGAACCUCCAUAUGACGCUGUGAACUGUUUGUGCGAAGAUUUGAUAGCGAACCCAAAAUAGUCGAAUAUAAAGAUGUGAAAAAACUGUUUCUGAACAAAGCUAGAGAGCUAGGAGUAACUGUAUCAAAAUCAGACAAAAAGAACCUCAUGCCAAAGGUUUCAAACAUGUUUCCAGAAAUUAAUUUUGUCACUCACCAGUAUAACAAGAUGAUAAUGUAUCCCAACACAUUAGCAAUAGGCAAAACCGUGCUGGAUUUCCUUGAGCUAAAAACCAAGCUAGAGUUGCUGAAAGGUCCCAGGAGCGAUGAUGAGAAGAAUGUGAUACAAAUUGCUCGAUUGAUAAACGAUGAAAUAAAAGAUCUUAACCCACAGAUGUCCUGGCCGUCUAAAGAGGACGAUUUAAAACCAAGCAGAACCACUGACUACAUUCCACAUCUUCUUGACGUCUUUUUGACUGGGCUUAUUACUGGGAAAUCACUCGACAGCGAAAGCAGCAGCGCAGAAAGAACAACAAGGCUGAAAGAAUCAUUCGCUCAAGAUAUAGCUUUUUCUGUUACAAAUGGGGUUGAAAAAACUCCAAAAAGCGUGUUAUUUCCUUUUGUUGUAAAGGCUCUUUGUAAUAACAGAGAUUGUAAAGCUAAUCAACAAGUACGGUCAUGGUGUCACUUAUGA